CCUAGUCGAUCUUUCUGCGACGGCCAUGUCGCUCCUCAACCUUCUACUGCUUGCUUCAGUAGCCUUGGCACAGUCAGUCGCUCCUGCACUUCCUAGCAUGAGCUCUUGUGUCAAGAGAAGCAUUAUCGUCUACACUUUUAACUCUUCCACCUACUUUGUUACUGACGUCGGCACAUCGACUUUGCCAUCAACGCCAACGUUCUGCGCUAAUGCCUCUGUAUCUACUGUUGUUACUACACAAUCAGCCUCGACUGUGACGAUUUAUUCACAAGCUACGUCAGCUCAGCAGUCUGCUGGUCCGCAGACUUUCGUCAAUCCUGUCAUCACGGACAGCAGUUUCGAGGAUGGCACAUCUAGUCCAUUCAAUUCCUCAUCAUCGGGAUCUUCUGUCACGGCUGAGGUAGUCCAAAGUGGUAUUUACGAGCCUCAUACCGGAAACAACUAUCUGUACGUUGAUNNUCUCAUCUCUUUCAACGAGACUGCUCCGGGUCAAGGGCGAGUCCGUCGUCAGUCACCAAGUCCCGAUGCAUCUCUUGUCUACAACGUGACCCAGAUGUUCUCAGCCUCAGCGGGUACUUCGUACACGUUGACAGCCUGGGCAGCUGUGACAGAACCCGCCGACAAACCGUAUUGUUUCCUGACAAUAUGUGGCGAUAACGACUGCAGCUUUGCCUCCCCAAUCACAACUAACUACACACGCUUCUCUUAUAUAUACCAGUCUCCCAUUGACGAGGGCNNUGGCGCUGUUGCCACCUUCGAGGUCGCGUGCUCUACCUCUGGCUAUGUGGCUCUAGAUGAUGUAUCAGUCACCAACAACGCGUUGGCUGCAAGUGCCAGUAGUGCUCGUCAAGCAUCUACCGCUACUGUUACAAUUUUCGAGACGGCGACUGUUCAACAGACCCAGAUUUACACACAAAUCGAGACAACGACAUUCGUCAGUGGUUCCGAAAUUGUUCUCACCACUUCGGUACCUACGACUAUAUACCAGACUGUCAAUGCACCAGUCACAGAGACUCGAACGACUGCCACGACGGCAGUACCACAGUAUAUCAAUGUUACAGUCUCGAGUGUCUCGACAAUCACUACUACACUUACUACCGUCAUCAACUCGACCGUGAUUUCGUAUCAGCCUUCUUUGGUCGUUGAGACUCAGUACGCUACAUCUACGGCUAUCUUCACAACGACGCAGCCAGGCGCGAUGCAGCCGGCUUCGACAGUCUACCAAGAGCCAUCAACAGCAUACGUCACUCUGGAACCAUCUACCCAAGUAAUCACCCUCGAGCAACCAGUCAUUACUAUCACACCGCAACCAGUGACCUUGACUUCCACGCCAGAUACACAGACUUCAAUUCUCGUCUCGUAUUUGGGUAUCACGGACACAAGCCCGGUAACCUUGCCUCAAGAGACUGCCUAUAUCACACCUUCGCCUGUCACUAAUUAUGUGACCCUUACUCUCGAGCUCGAGACCACGACAGUGUAUAUCUCAGUUACGCUUCCGGCCUUAGUCGAAACUACGCAGAUUGAUGUCACGCCGCCUGUGGAGACGCAAGUACAGACAUACACUAUAUCACCCGGAACAGAGACUUUGCAAGUUACUGCGACGCUACCACAAAACACUGAGACCCUUCCAAUCACACAAACCCUCGAGACUACACAAUAUGAGCCAACGGUAACCGAAACUUACUCCCCAGUCUAUGUACCGCCGCCUCCAUCAGGUGUGCCUGCGGUUGCUCUUGCACGCCCGACAGCGAUUGUUGGAGAUGUGAACGGCGCGCCUUACAAUGUUGACGAUAAUGCCUAUUCUGUACGCCGAUCUAAAAAUCAGAUUAUGGUCUUCGCUCUGCUAAUAUGCCUCAAAGGUUGCNNACUUCCUGUGAACCUCACAAUCUAUGGCCAGUCCAGUGCAGACAUUCGUGUUAGUUCGAACGCUCCUCUGAAUAGUGAUCUGACAAUGUUCAGNCUUCUGGGUCUGGGCGACCUCAGUUACGAAUUCUCUAACUAUCCUCUUCCAUAUACCACAAAUACCGGGAGUUAUAACAGCUAUCCUACUUGUCUGCAGCAGCCGGAACCCCAAGAGGACCAAAAUGGGAACACAUACCCAAAUUCUUGCUUUGGUGACGUUGUCGCCUUUGGCCUGUGGGACGAUCUUUUCAUUUAUGCAGGUACACAGCAAGGUAUCUACUACGAGGUUGACGGCGUUGCACCGAGCCGUCGGACGUCAUUCGAGUUCUACAUCAGCCACUUCAGCGACCAAAGCCAAUACUAUCACUUCCUGAUGAAUUUCUACGAGGACAGGCCAAACAUUGUGAACUAUCAGUAUCUCAAUGUUAGCGAUCAUGGCACCAGUGCAACCGUCGGUGUGCAAAGUGUCUCAGCAAACCUAUACAAUCAGUUCUCAUUCAACCAACCCGUCGUUUGUCCUGGAAUGCGACUGACUUUUGACACCACGCCUGGUGUCAACUCCCUUAGUAUCGAUAAUCCUGGCGACUGCAGUGCUCCUACGACACCUCAAGGUAAUAACGAUGGAGAAUCUGCUCCCAUCGGUCGUAUGUUAAAGGCCAGACCUGAUUAUCGUGGCGACACUGCCACUUAUCCCAGGAAAGUUCUU